AUGAGGGAAGUAGGCUUUUGGUGCUCUGAGCAAGCUGUUUCAAGCAAUAAAGCACUUAGUGCAAACCGUCCGAAUCCUCUUCAGCUUAUUGAUGACAUCUGGUUUACUCAAAGUGAUCCUGUUGUGCUGCAGAAGAUCGAGGGGUACCUCACUCGAGCUUUCGUCGAAAGUCAUGAAUUUGCCUACAGCUUCUGUCGGUUCUCGUCCUGCUCGUUGGCGCUAGAGCAGCCCCAAGUUAUGGGCGCCUGCACUAUGACCGACGGGAGUUACUGCUGGCCUGAGGGAUACUGGCACUACAUUUAUCACCACCACGUGAAACCUCCACAGGAAUUCCUAGAUCACCUGUUGGACAGGUAUGACGCGAUGGUCGAGAUGACAAGAAGGACCAGGAACGAGAAAAAACUACUACUGUGGGACUGCAUUGAGCGCAAAGCCGUUGAAAUGCCCUACGCCAUGCAAGAAUGGAUUACAAGCUACACAACCAUUCAAGUUGACACGUGGCCACAAUGGCGAUGA